GUCCAGAAGCAAAAGAGUUAAAAGUCACGUGGAGAGAUCAGGCAAUAUUGUCAAUCCGGCCCAUGAGAAAAAAAAGCGGUGUAUUUGAGGAAAGAGAACAAAGAAAUAAUUGCAUAUAAAUAAGCGCGGUCUCCACAGCAGCAGACGUCCACAGGCAUCGCGCGAGCUUGCACAACCUUCUCAGGCACGUCCACUUCCAGCUGCGGAGCUCCAGGAUACAGGAGGAGGAUGCGGGUCUCCGGGCUUCUGUCAGGAGCUUUCGCUCUGCAUGUGCUCCUGACCGCGAGAUGCAUGCCUUUGCAUGAGGGACGAGGACUCAGAAAGCACAAAGAGCCUCCGGGUUUGUCACAGAUUCCACACUCCCUCUCUGAAAAGAGGAGAGACCCUCAGGACACAUUCAAACCUCAUGCACUGCAAAAGAUGAGCCACAGCUCAACACCCAACUCAGGAACAGCUCUGGGGUGCAGGUCCACCACGCUGUGGCGUCCCAGACUACCCCGACCAGAGAGAAGUGCAUCUCAGCAGUCACCCCGGCAGAAACGCUUUGUGAUUUUUGGAGGACGCUGGCCAAAAAAUGACCUCACUUACAAGUAA